CCUUCGGCCCCAUAAUAGUCUUUCAAUGGCUUCACCCCUCAAUUAAUUCACCUAAACCCGGAUCGAACUCAGCGAGUAUCACUCCGACGCCUGGCGGUCCAUCACCAUCAUUAUCUCGAACACCUACAAGCUGUCCUCCUUCAUCAAUGACCACAACUACUUCACCAUCCCCUGGUUCAAAGAAAGUGAAAUUACACAAUAGUAAUCAGGAUCAAUCAUCUGCCCAUAACUCAAAUCCUCAUAUGGCUGGUAUCUGCCAAUCUCCUGAUUUAUGUAAAGGAGAACCUCAUAUUUUACCAGUUCCAUCGCCCCAACAAAUUCAAUAUUUAGACUCAUUUGAUGGACAAGAGUUAACCAUACAACGUCAACCAAAUACAAGUUUGCGAGAUAACGACUUAAUUUCAUCACCAGACUUAGAUUCAGGCUUUCAUGAUUUUUCAUCACCUCAUCAUUUUCCUAACAACUCAUUGGAUAACGGGUCUCGUUUUAUGACCUCAGAUACUAACUUAAAUUCAAGAUUUCCUAACCCAUCUGCAAACUGCGGAGGAGCUCCAUAUGAUCCUAAUCCCAGAUUCAUGGGCUCAGAGGGUCCUCAAAGAUACUCAUUUCCUCCUUAUGUUGAUGCUAAUCGUGUGCCACCAAACGGUCCUGUUCCUGGUAAUGUGUCAAUCUCAGGACCAGGACCUGGACCUGGCAUGCAAGGAGGUAUUCAUAAUAUGAAUGAACCACCGAUGCAUGGACCAGGUCCGGUUCCUGUCUCGGAUCCCAAAGAUCCAUCUAUGCAAUCAGGCAAUAUGAUGAAUUGUGGACCGUAUAGUUAUGGUCCUCGAAUGGACAAUGGUCCUCCUUUUAUGAACUCUGGUGGGGACAACUAUAUGAACAAUCACCGGAUGAGAAUGCCAAUGGAUAUGGCCAUGAGAUAUAAUGCACCAAUGAAUGACGGCUCAAUGCGCUCACAGUUUAAUCCUCGUAUGAAUGUAUAUGCUCCUAUGAUGCCUGAUCAGGUACCAUUUAAUGGUGGUCCUGCGCCUCAUGGCAAUCAAUUCAUUAAAAACAACUUAGAUAAUGGCAACCAACUUAAUAAUCAACCACCCCCACCCCAACAACAACACGCUAAUCGUCCUUGUAUGAAUAUGAACAGUUCUGGAGAGUCAGGAAACUCACCUCGUCUUCAAAAUUUACAGAAAAUGACUUCACCGUUUGAUAAAAUAGACAAUCAGCAUAUGAUGCAAGGACCACUUCCUACGAAUGGUCCAGGAUCAGUUAACUGUGGUCACGGCCCAGGAUCAGGUCCAGUACAAGGUCCACGGCCAGUGGGCCCAGUUUUAGGAGCUCCUCAACACCAUGGCAUGAAUGGUCCACCAAACCACGGACCAGGCCCUAGACCUGUGAUGCAAGGAGGUCAUCAUAAUAUGAAUGGGCCACCGAUGCAUGGACCAGGUCCAGUUCCUGUUUCAGAUCCUAAAGAUCCAUCUAUGCAAUCAGGCAAUAUGAUGAAUUGUGGACCGUAUAACUAUGGUCCUCGAAUGGACAAUGGUCCUCCUUUUAUGAACUCUGGAGGAGAUAAUUUUAUGAACAACCAUCGUAUGAGAAUGCCAAUGGACAUGGCUAUGAGAUAUAAUGCACCAAUGAAUGAUGGCUCAAUGCGCCCGCAGUUUAAUCCCUGCAUGAAUGUUUAUGCUCCUAUGAUGCCUGAUCAGGUACCUUUUAAUGGUGGUCCUGCUCCUCAUGGUAAUCAAUUCAUCAAAAACAAUCUAGACACAGGCAACCAACUUAAUAACCAACCACCACCGCCCCAACAACAGCAUCCGAAGCAUCCCUGUAUGAAUAUGAACAAUUCUGGGGAAGCUGGAACUUCACCACAUUUACAAAAUUUACAAAAAAUGACUUUACCGUUUGAUAAAAUAGACAAUCAGCACAUGAUGCAAGGACCAGUUCCAACGGAUGGUCCAGGAUCAGUGAAUUGUGGCCAUGGCCCAGGAUCAGGUCCAGUGCAAGGGCCACGUCCAGUUUUAGGAGCUCCUCAACACCAUGGCAUGAAUGGUCCACCAAACCACGGACCAGGCCCUAGACCUGUGAUGCAAGGAGGUCAUCAUAAUAUGAAUGGGCCGCCUAUGCACGGACCAGGUCCAGUUCCUGUUUCGGAUCCCAAAGAUCCAUCUAUGCAAUCAGGCAAUAUGAUGAACUGUGGACCGUAUAGUUAUGGUCCUCGAAUGGAUAAUGGUCCCCCUUUUAUGAACUCUGGAGGAGAUAAUUUUAUGAACAACCAUCGUAUGAGAAUGCCAAUGGACAUGGCUAUGAGAUAUAAUGCACCAAUGAAUGACGACUCAAUAAUCAAUUGAAUCUUAAUAAAUUUAAUUCCAAACAAACAUAACUUUUUAUUUUGUAGCUAAAUAAUUAAGAUUGCCAGUUUAACGGCAGUCAAGUCAAGUUUACUUCUUUUGCUUCUGGUGUCUAACUCAAAAUACAAGUGAAUUAUACAAAAUUAAGUACUAUACUGUAUAUUAUAUUAUGUAAAGAUUUAUGUUCAAUUGUGUCAGUCCGGAUUCGUGAUUUCAAAAAAAAGAUGCUUGUAAUUAAAUUGAAAAAUGAAAAUGAAA